UGUGCGUGUAAGUUAGCAAGAUUUUUGAAUUUAUUCCUGUUUCAUUACUGAAUUCAAUAUAAAAAAAAAAUGGAUUUCUACUAAAUACUUUAACAUAUUUGCAUUCUCGAAGCUCGUGGUGGACAAUGGCCUCCAGUUUCAGUUCUGUGUUCAAAAUUAAUGGUGUGCCGAUACUUGCACCGGUGUUGACCGAUGAAGUGCGGGAAGAGGUUGUACGCUACCGAGCUGCGGCAGUAGAGCUUGAACAAAAACUUCAGCGUUUGAGGAUUGCUCGGAGUACGCCGGGAGGGACUGAACAUUAUGCUGCAAAAAUAAUCGAAAGAGAGCCACAACAAGAAGUAAAUUCUCCACGGGAGUCAAUGUCUGACGGUUCACUUCUUCGACGAGGUUCAUUUACUUUGGACGCACCUAGCCCGGGUCUAGGAAAGUUACCGCUAUCCAUCGGCGUUGAGGAAAUUAAUGACAACCCUGGCGACGACGAGUCUCCCAAACCCAGAAUGAUUCGCUCCAAUUCGUACACCCUGGACAGCCCGAGCCCGCUGCUGAUGAAACAUAUGCACAAUCAAAGUUUAAAUAUCAAAUGUUCGUCGUCGAUGGGAGAAAUUGAAAUCGGAGGUGUAAAGUCUCAUGUGAAGAAACUAGAUUUUGGAGGUGGCGGUGAGCAGAUCAAGAGCAGUUCCAAAAUCUCCAGCAGUGCCAAACCGAAGUGGGUGUCCACGAAAAAGGUCUCACCGAAACCGAUGAGUCCAGUCAAAAAGCACAAAAGUCCUUAUCAAUCCUCGGGAAAACUAGUUGUUGGGUGCAAGAAGAAAGCUAAGCCCGUAAACACUCCUCCAUCUAAGAUUGUUGAUAGUUGUAGUACUAAACAACGCGAGCGUUCUCAAGAAAGUCCCAUCAAAAAACAUCGAACACCACUAGAACAGACACCGUUAAGCGAUUGCCAGCAACGCAUACUGGACAUGCAAGCCGAGCACGAACGACGAGUCAAGGAACUGCUCGGACGGCAGGAGGAAGAACAAAGAAAAUUACAGGAAAGCUUCCGCCAACAGCAAGAAGAGCUAAUGAAAAUGCUGCCAAUGCCGCUAAUGAAUCAAAUUCACACAUCAACUCCUCUGCUGACAAGCCCAGAUGAGUCUGUUGUUGAUCAGGAAGAGGCUGCCAAGCCAUCGUUCAGAUCGCUGAACAUCAGUUCGAAGGAUUUUGCCAAUAACAACGAGUCCCAGUCCAGUAUUGGACAUCCAUCUUCGACCCAUACUUUCGUAUCCUCCGAUGCCAGCAGGACAAGUUUGGAAUUUGAAAACUCCGACGAUCUGUACCGUACUUGCGAAAACAAUGCCGUCAGUGCUCGUUCAUCGCUCGGUGAUGCAAACGGCAAUACUCAAUUUAAUGACGUCCGCAGCUAUUUAGAAACCAUCGGUCGAUCUCUUCAGGACGAUGACCUUAAACAACUGUCUAUUUUGGACACGAUCGAAAAACCGUCGAAUAAACAGACUCUCAUCCGUCACAACGCUGCUAGUUUAAUCAACGCCUAUGCCCGAGGCUAUCUCACUCGGAGGCUCUUCCAAACGGAGCAUGUGCAGAAAAUGGUGCAGGUGAUCCGCGACACAUUGCUCUUCGUAUUGGACCUGCAUCACGAGAAGCGACAUCCCGUUCGAAGCCCGGCCGAUCUUCAGCUCAAGCGUACUCUGUUGCAGCAGCUUACGUCGGCAUGUUACCAACUGCACGGCGUGUUCUUCGAAACAAGUGCCAAAGAACGCAUGGCGAUCAUACGACGGGAUCGGGAAACAAUGCGCCGUAAGCUGGAGAAUCGUCCUCACACCGCUAGCUCGGUGGGAUCUGGGCGAUCGGCGGCUAGCAGCAGGACUGCUUCCAAAGGUCGUGGGAAUGCCUACCGGAAACUGCAGAUGUGCUCUUUACAUUCAGUAAAUAUUGAAGGGGGACCCGCCACCGCAGAGGAUGCUGGCAACUUUGACACCAAUGGAACAGUAAACGAUGAUGAUCCUCUUACUUGCAAACAAAAUGCACAUGUCGUUACGAGGAUCAACAGUACUCCUUCCAGCAGAAGCUCUCUAGGAUCAUCACCCCGUGAGACCCCGUCGCCUACUCUAUCGGCCACGGUCGUUUCUCGAUUAGUGCAUCAGAUGAAGCAAGCCAUUGUGCCGCAGCAACAACAACACUGCCAACUGACCAGUAGGCUCCGUCCCAAGACCUCGGAAGCGGACUUGUACAGUGCCACGGCCUAUCUCCGACGUACUCCAUGGGAUCAAAAAUAUUGCUAAGAAUUUCUUUUAUUUGUUAAGUCAGCGUUAAUUCUAAAUACUAGAUUUUAUUUUGAUGUAAAUUUAAAUAUAAUUGUGCCUCGAAUAUCAGACUUCAACAAUUAUUGGUAUUUCAUAAGAUCCA